AUGUUUUCAACGAGGAUAUUUCACCGAACGCCCUCCUACAGUAUAGAGAGGCGUCUUCGACUUCAUGUUUUUCCUAUCAGCAAUCUUCUCUGGCGUCAAGCGUGUCAAAACCAAGCUCUCGAGAGCCCGGGCCGGCUUUCGAGAGCCCGGGCCGAGCCCGACCACAGACAAGCGCGCACGCCCGUCCGGAAGACCGUCGCUGCAGCAGACCCCAGGCCCGAGACCGAGAAGCUUGCGGACGCCAUAGACCUGCACGUCGGAGGCGUGCGAAUCCCGUUCAAGGUGUUUUAUGUCAGAGACAAGGGCGGAUGUAAACACGUCAAAAUCUACGCCCACAAGACGGCCGACGACGACGGCGAUCCGGACGCAACAAAUGACAAGUCGGGGCGAAGGACGCGAAUAGAGGUUUCCCUACUCACAGGUAAAUGGUGA